AUGGUCAAUUCUUGUAGUGGCUCUGUCUGCUCUGAGCAGGGCUGUGAUCAAAGUCCCUGCCAGGAGAGCUGCUGCCAGCCCAGCUGCUGCCAGCCCACCUGCUGCAGGACCACCUGCUGCCGCCCCAGCUGCUGUGUGACCACCUGCCGUCCCAGCUGUGGGGUGUCCAGCUGCUGCCGCCCCAGCUGCUGUAUGACCACCUGCCGCCCCAGCUGUGGAGUGUCCAGCUGUUGCCGUCCAGUCUGCUGCCAGACCACCUGCCGUCCCAGCUGUGGGGUGUCCAGCUGCUGCCGUCCAAUCUGUUGCCAGACCACCUGCCGUCCCAGCUGUGGGGUGUCCAGCUGCUGCCGCCCAAUCUGCUGCUGCCAGCCCAGCUGCUGUGUGUCCAGCUGCUGCAGACCCCAAUGCUGCCAGUCUGUGUGUUGCCAGCCCACUUGCUGCCUCCCCAGCUGCUGCAGGCCCAGCUGUUGCCGCCCCACCUGUUGCAUUUCUAGCUGCUGUAGGCCUUCCUGCUGCCGCCCCAGCUGCUGUGUGUCCAGCUGCUGCAGGCCCAGCUGCUGCCAGUCUGUGUGCUGCAGGCCCACCUGCUGUGUGUCCAGCUGUUGCAGACCUACCUGCUGCAGGCCCAGCUGCUGUGUGUCCAGCUGUUGCAGGCCCAGCUGCUGCAGGCCCACCUGCUGCUACCCCAGCUGCUGUGGUGGUUCUUGUUGCUGA